GGCAUCACCACACCCCGCUGGGCCGAUGCAGCGCAGAAAGGCCAGUCCCGGUGACGCCCCCCCCUCCGCCCCCCGCAGGAGCAGCCGAGAAGUGCUCCAAGCACGGGGCCGAGGACCGGACGCAGAACAUCAUCAUGGCCAUGAAGGACCGGAUGAAGAUCCGGGAGCGGAACAAGCCGGAGAUCUUCGACCUGAUCCGGGACGUCUUUGGGGAGAGCAAGGUGGCCCACGGGCAGCAGAUGAAGGUGGUCAAGCAGAGCGUCCUGGACGGGACCUCCAAGUGGUCGGCCAAGAUCACCAUCACGGUGGUCUGCGCCCAAGGCCUGCAGGCCAAGGACAAGACCGGCUCCAGCGACCCCUACGUGACCGUCCAGGUGGGCAAGACGAAGAAGAGGACCAAGACCAUUUUUGGGAACCUGAACCCCGUUUGGGAGGAGAAGUUCCACUUUGAGUGCCACAACUCCUCCGACCGGAUCAAAGUGCGUGUCUGGGAUGAAGACGACGACAUCAAGUCCCGGGUCAAGCAGCGGCUGAAGAGGGAGUCGGACGACUUCCUGGGCCAGACCAUCAUCGAAGUCCGGACGCUGAGUGGAGAGAUGGACGUCUGGUACAACCUGGAAAAGAGGACGGACAAGUCGGCUGUCUCGGGCGCCAUUCGGCUGCAGAUCAGCGUGGAGAUCAAAGGCGAAGAGCAGGUGGCCCCUUACCACGUCCAGUACACCUGCCUUCAUGAGAACCUCUUCCACUAUCUGACGGACGUCCAAGGGGGCGGCGUAGUGAAGAUCCCCGAGGCCAAAGGAGACGAGGCCUGGAAGGUCUACUUUGACGAGAUCGGCCAGGAGAUCGUGGACGAGUUUGCCAUGCGCUACGGGAUCGAGUCCAUCUACCAGGCCAUGACGCACUUUGCCUGCCUCUCCUCCAAGUACAUGUGUCCCGGAGUGCCGGCCGUGAUGAGCACCCUGCUGGCCAACAUCAAUGCCUACUACGCCCACACCACGGCCUCCACCCAGGUCUCUGCCUCCGACCGCUUCUCCGCCUCAAACUUUGGGGUGAGUCUGGGGUCUCUCUCUGGGGGUGGGAGGAGCCUGAGGAGCCUCUGCCCACGGGGCCUGGGGAGCGGUAGCGCCGGGCGGGGGGGCAGCAGUCAAGGGGACCUCGGUGACGCUAGAAGCCACCACCCCCCGUCCUUGAGACUGGGCUACGGGAAAGGCCUUUGGGACCCCCGGAG